CCAGUACUCCGUCUGCGCAUGCGCCGAGCACCCGCUGCGCGCGCACCCUCUCCUCUUUCUCCUUCCUUUUCCGGCGCGGCCUCCGCAGAACAGCCGCUUUCGCCGCAGCCAUGGCAGUCCGCUACCCGAUGGCCGUCGGCCUCAACAAGGGCCACAAAGUGACCAGGAACGUUUCGAAGCCGCGCCAGUGCCGGCGCCGGGGGCGCCUCACCAAACACACAAAGUUUGUCCGGGACAUGAUCCGGGAAGUGUGCGGCUUCGCCCCCUACGAGAGGCGAGCGAUGGAAUUGCUGAAAGUCUCCAAAGACAAGCGAGCGCUAAAAUUCAUCAAGAAAAGGGUGGGGACUCACAUCCGGGCCAAGAGGAAGCGGGAAGAACUGAGCAACGUCCUGGCAGCAAUGAGGAAAGCAGCGGCCAAGAAGGACUAACGCUCCCUCUUCCCCCAAUAAAGUUUAUCUUAUAAACACUGCAA